AUGAAACUUUAUUCAUCGUCUAACAAUAUGACAAUAACAACAUCAACUGAACACAUUCGUUUGUCAACAGUAUUUACUGGUAGUGAAACGCAAUUACUUCGUUUAGAUAUAGUCAACGGGCUACUCAAAGUAUUUCUACACUUGCCAAUCACCGAAACCGACAUUCAAUUAAAUUUAGCAGAAGGAAAUGAUGCAAUUACUCAAAAUCAUGGCAUUUACCGAAAGAACAAACUAUCAAGUUUAUUUCAGUUGGAUAUAUUGAUUCAAUCGAAACUAGACCCGACAUUACGACUAGACGAUAACCAAUGGCAUUCUAUAAUAUUGGCAAGAUCAAACUCAUUGUUACAAGUAUACAUAGAUAACGACUUGGUAUUUACACGUCUGCUUGGUCCAUCUAAUUAUCAACGUUUAUAUUUAUUACAUACACAAAUUAUUGUUUUAGGUGGACCAUAUAAAUUAGGUGAUAUAUUUCAAAUGAAUUCAAUGGAGAUUGUAUCAGAUAAUAAUUUUAUCGGUUUUAUUUCUAAAGCUGUUUUUCAAGCCGACUCACUUGAAAUGAAUAUUCUAGAAUUUACUUUAUCUAAUUUACAUGGUUUUCGAAUUCAAUCAAUAUACCCUUUAACAAAUAAAACUUAUCAUCAUCAUCAUCAUUAUCAAACUAAUGAAAUUCAAUCUUAUACUAUUGAACCUAUUGAAUUUAUACAAAUAUGUCAUUUAAUCAAUAUAAUGAAUCAAAUGAUUACAUCAUCAAUUUCUUUUAAUUCAACAAUAUUUGAUGAUGAUGAUGAUGACGAUAUGUUUAUUAUAUUAAAAUUGCCAACAUUGAAUUUAUUACAAAAUUCUAUUGAAUGUAUUCAACAAAAUGUAAAAUCUACAAUCAAUUUAAUUCAUACAUUAAAAUGGAUUCAUAUAGAAAUACAAUUUAAUCAAUAUACAAAUCAACAAAAUGGUUUAUUAUUUUUAUUAAAUGAUGAUACUAAUAAUAAAUUAAAACAUUAUAGUUUAAUUAAAAAUGAUCAUCAACAAAUAAUCAAUAAAUAUCAUUUUAAUAAGAAUAUAUUGAUUGGUGCCGAAUUUCGUAAUAAUCAAUUAUAUAUUAUUAUACAAAAAAAUAAACAAAUAUGGUUUAAUAUAAAAUUAAAUUCAAAAUUCAAUCAAUUAUCAUUAUUACAUGAUCAAUAUAAAUUACAAAUUAAAUAUACAAUGAUUUGGUUAAUCAAUAAAAUAAUAAUCAAUCAUUAA